UAUUCAGCUGACCACUCUUCUUCUUUGUCUCUCUUUUUAUUUCUCUCCAUAAAUAUAUCUCAAAUUCCAACAAUUCUCAUCGUGUGUGCCGACCAUUACUUCAUCCCAUACCCCCACCCCCACCUCUCAAAUCUAUAUAAACAGAGUGAUACAUUUGUUCCACCAUGUUUGACUUGCCACAGCUCUCUUAAACCAAGAACCAAAUUCCCCUUCAAAAAGUGGCAUUUACCACUUCUUGAAGUACUCUGUUAUUAACCCAUUGUCAAAAAAGGUGAUUUUUUUUUCUUUUCAAGAUUUUAAGCUAUGAAGAAACACAGAGGUUUUAGAAUUGGACGGAGAUUGGUGAGAGUUUUCAGCUGGUUAAUUCACCGGAGAAGAAACGGAAGAAUUGGAAACAAGCGGCUGAGUUGUGCAAGCAGAGCAAUUUCAAAGCUCUGUAAAUUGGGGGUUUUGCUGAAACAGAGAGCAAAAGGACUCUGUUCUGCAAAACCCAACUCGGGUUACAUUCGGGUCGGGCAAGAACCGAUUGAUCUGAAGCAGGUGAGUGUACCUAAGGGACACUUGGCUGUAUACGUGGGUGAGAAGGAUGAUGACACGUGUAGAAUUGUGGUGCCUGUGAUAUACUUUAAUCAUCCUCUGUUUGCUGAAUUGUUGAGGGAGGCAGAGAUGGUUUAUGGGUAUAAUUAUCCGGGUCGGAUCCAAAUACCAUGUCGGAUAUCCGAAUUCGAGAACGUUAAAUCAAGAAUUGCCGCCACAGGUGGUGGUGGUGGAGAGCUGAGGUGGAGGCAGAGUUACUGAUGAGUUGUGGCUGAGUCAACAUUGGAGAAAAUUGUAAUGUGCAAAUAGCAUAACCCUCCAUCCCAGGCCUUGUGUAGGAGAGGUUUAGUUUAUGUUAGUUUUUUUUAUUUUAAAAAAAGACAGUUUGAUACAUUAAACUUUUGCUAUGUUUCGCAUAAUGUCAAAUGUUGUGGGUGUGAAGGAUUUCUUUGUACAAUUUUUUGUUAACCUUCUAGCUCAAUUCUCAAAUAAAUGUAGUUUUUUUGUAAAUACUU